UUCGUGAAAGUGCGCGAGGAUUAUCAAUCCCGAAUGAAUAGUUUCAGAUCAUCCCCAGUCUUCAUUCUGACCCAGCUCUCCCCUGGUUGGUGCGGCGGAGUGUUGACAGGAGUCUGGCAACAAAAAUAGCGUCAUACCUGUCGGUUGCACUGGAAAUACUUUUUACCGGCAUACUUUUUACCUUGUACGAGUCAUUCGCUUGGCAGAUAUUCGCGUCGCUUGGCUUGUUUACAUUCGCACGUAUUGCGUGCCUAUUGUAAAUUUGAAUCAAAACGAUCGAUCUCGAUUACACUAUUUGGGCGACGCCCAAAUAAAAAAACGUACGUAAACAUUAAUUGGUGAUAGCGACUUUACGAAACACCCAAUCAGCGGCGUCCAUAGAAUGACGACUUCUGCGAAUGUUCAUGUGUGAAAUGAUGCGUUACGAAGCUCCGUCAUCUUGAAGGAUGUACUCAUAUACUGUGACCCGCUUUUCUCCCUCGUGACUCCCUUUUAGCUUCUCUGUGGGUCCUGUGGACCCCAGUGUAGAAAAUCCUGGUAAGAACACUGCUUUUUUAGCUAAAUUUCGGAUCGAAAAUGAACAAAUAAGUUUCAUAAUUAAUUAUUAAUAAUCAUUUAACUGACAACUGACAAAAGGCCAAAAAUGUAACUGACAACUGCCAAAUGGCCAAAAUUUUAACUGACAACUGACAUUUGUACCCUCCCAUCCAAACCCUCUUUGAAAGAAUCAGUAUUUAUUUUUAAAUUCUUAUAUAAAAAGAGCUGGUAAUUUAUUUAAAUUUAAUGCACUUUCCAGAAAGCAAAAGAUGCUAUUUUCUGUUUCAUAAGGUUAAAAGUGUUUUGAAUACUAUUGUUCGUACUUAUGAUUCAAUGAUUGGGUAGUCUUUGUCUAAUAAAGCAUCUAAGUUUGUCGAGAUAAAACGCACAGGAACCGUGAUAAUGUUCACCGGCGUUAAUCAGUAACUCCUAGUCCUUUAGUUUUGUGAGCCUCGUUCUACACCGCCAUUACUGGAUGGUUUCCGUCUACCUACAAGGCAUUUUCGGUCGCAGUUUUAGUAAUAACUUCUUGGGCGUUUUUCCGCCUUGAAAUUUUCAAUUUUUGAAUACAGCUUCUCUAAGAAUUUUCACCACACAACAAACUCGGACAGACUGAGAUCAAAACUAUGUAAAAUGUUGGCUGCCUCUUUCAUAGGCUUUUCCAAGGCUCAGUGGGGAGCAGCGAGAAACAAUACGCGAGAGCUGGAGACAAGCGAGAAGCGCGAGAGGAGGAUGACGGAACGAGCGUAGAGCGCAAGCGGUGAUUGAUCCCCGCUUUCAGUUAAUAAUUAACUCAAAUAUCCCCCAAAAAUUGAUCGCUGAAGCUGGAGACGAGGAAGAAAUAUUGGUGACAACUGGCGCUCAUAAUUCCUUGAAAGUUAAUUACAUAACCUAUGAAGAUCUUUUUAUUUUAGUAAAAAACAAAUUAAAAUAUUCUGAAUAGUUUUUUAAGCUCUGCUUCUUUUGGAGAUGGUCAAUUUUACCGUAACUUUGCUUUCGAACUGAAUAUAAAUACCCUAAAAUGUUUGUAGGGUACGUAAAUGAUGUUCGGACGUCGAAACUGUUGGGACGGAACGAUUUUCAGGUUUGUCCGACAGUUUUGCCGCACAAACAUUUAUUUUAGUUAAAGCUUUCAAAACUAAAGUUAAGCGCAGGACCAAGUAGCCUAGUUUCUUGCGACAAGGCUCGUUACUAUACAGUCAGAUUUUAAAGCAUCAGUUUCAGAAUGAGGAGAUUGAAAACGUGGCGACGGCACUUACUAUUAUUCUUUGAAAGGAAGUAUCUUCCCGAGGGCAGUGUGGAAUGCUCUAAAGGAAAUUAUAAUUAAGCUCCCUUUCUAAAGCUAAAGGAUUUUCCGUAUACAACUAUAACCUACAUUGAUUGUCGUUCUCAGCGUCAAAACAAACAGGUCUAUGAUUUUAAUACUCUGUUGAACAAUCACCAAAAAGAGUACAAAGUAGUCAAGCAAAUAUAGGUUCAAAAUGUACAGGAAACCACACGGGGCAAAACAAUGCAUGGUUUACAGAUGGCAAUCACAAGGGUACAAACUGAAUGUUUAGUAAGUCUAGCCAAUGUCUUCAUGUAUUGUCUUUUGUAAGUUAUUGUACCCCGCUCUUAUUAUUUUUUUAUUCUUUUUUUCACUUACGAAAGGGAGAAUUAAAUAGACAUUUUUACCCAUACGGUGGCCAUAUUGAAUUAAUUCGAUUUAAGGAGUAUUAUAGGAUGCCCAGGGGGUAUGAGCACAUUUCGUUUGUUAUUUUUAGCGCUUUUCGGGACAUUUAAAGUUUUCUUAGGAUAAGAUUGUAGUGGGAAAAAAUAUCCUUGUACUGUGUUUGGAUGUAAUAAUGAUCGCCUUUUUAACGAGAAAUAUACAGCGAAAGACCAGAUUUCUAGUAUUAAACUAGAAAAAGGCGAUCAUUAUUACAUCCAAACACGGCACAAGGAUCUUUUUUCCCAUUAGAAUCUUAUUCUAAGAAAACUUCAAGAAAAAAUGUCCCGAAAAGCGCUCGAAAAUACAAGCGAAAUGUGCUCAUGCCCCCUGGGCAUCCUAUAAUACUCCUUAAAUCGAAUUAAUUCAAUAUGGCCGCCGUAUCGGUAAAAAGGUCUACUAAAGGACGGUAUAAGACAUCUUCGAACUAAACUAGGGGUACCUUCCAGCAAGUGCCAACGAGGCGAAUUCGUUUAUCUUUUGUGAAAUGUGUCUAUUCAGAUCUUCGCGAUAAUUUCUUUUUAUAUAAUUUUAGAGGUUUAAAAUGGAUUCCGCUAUAGAAAAGGAUGGCACCCAACUUCAAAACAACAACUUUGGCACAUUGCAGGCUUUCACGUUUUAAUUAUUAAACAAUAACAACAUGGCUUGAAGCUUUGUUGGUAAAUAUGAGCAAGUUAGUACUUAUAUUUCAUGGAAAAUUCAAUUGUAUCAAAACUAUAAACGUUAGAAAGAAAAAGAUAGAUCAAAUGAGGCCUUUGACUGCUGAAAUUAUAAAUAUAAUUAAAUUCUGAGCAACAGCAUCAUCAGGGAUAAGAAAAAUGUUUCGCGUGGUAAUAUACAUAAGAAAAAAUUGGUGUAAAGUAAAAUGUGUGAAAAGCGCAAGAAUGGAGCGGAAUGUAUCAGAGGUAUAAAAAUAUAGACUUGAAUAAAAUACAAAGAUCUAAUGAGCGAGUGUCACAGGACAAAGAGUCUCUUGAAAGGCAUAAUAAUAGUCUUCAAAACGAAAGGUCCGUAAAUUCGUUGCAUUCCUCACGGGAGUUUUGGGCUGUCUCAAUGUAAAUCGAGCAGCAAAAAAACAUGCUGGUUGACAAAAUCUCUCGAAUAAAUUCUAAAGUAAAAGGUCAGCAAAUACGUUGCAUUCCAAACGGGAGGUGAGGACUGGCUCAAUGUAAAUCGACCUGCGAAGAACACGCUGGUUCUGAUAAAAGUUUUGAGAAUUGCAAAGCCGGAACAAGCUGGUUCUGAGAAAAAUUUGAGCGUAAAACCCUAUUUUUUUAAGCUGCUGCUUUAAACGCAAUUUACAAAGCAAACCAGAACACUUACUGCCCUUUCAAAUUAGAAAUCGUAUUAAAGCUUGCUUACCUGUUACGUCCUCUUGACAGACAUUCUCAAACUCAUUAAUUAUUCAUGUACUGAUGACCCAAUCAGCUUGCAUCAAUUGAGUCAGGUGCAUGUAUUUUGAUACCCAAUGAACAUUCCGAUCAAGACACAUUCGAUUAGUUCAAAAACUGAUCAAGAUACUGAUCAAGAAACUUGAAUUUUAAUCAGUCUCAAUACUAAAUACAGUAAAUUUUCCGCUUCAAUCAUUACUUACAACAACAAUAGGGCAACAUAUUAUUCUUUCAACUUUUCCGUUGUAGAAAUAGAUCGUGUUCAAUAACAACUUAGCUGAUGUAGUUCCCAGCAAUUUCUUCUCCCAGAAUGUUGCUUCUUCUUGCUCGCUCACAAACUCAUUCUCCUCCUUCUUGCACUUAAUGUUAUGCCCUUCUCGAACGCCAUCCUUCAUCUCUUCAUUUCGGCAUCUAAGCAACGUCGAAACAGGAUAAACCUUCAAAAACAACACACCAAAUUCAAUUCCCAAAACAGUGCAUUUUAAACUUCUGAAAAAUGCGGUCUAAAAGUUGUCAAUUACCUUUUGUCACCAGCGUCCAGAGGAUUCAAAGCUUCGGAUCCAUUUUUCUCCUCCAAAUAACGCUUGAGAGCACAAAUGAUACCAUAAACAGUCUUGGGAGGGUAUCUUCCACCGGACUUUUUAGCUAUCUCCAUCACGAAUUUUGACAACCAAUAGUUCAGCGACAGAGCAUCCAUUCCGGCAAUAUCUGCGCUCAGAGUGGUAACCUUGUGUAAAUCGUAGUCCUUGAAGAGACCACCACAAUCUAAUAACGGAACUUGAACCUCUCUUAACUUCUGCCAUUCCGAAAAAAUGCUCACAGCCCAGUUGUUUUUAUACUUAGUUGAAGCUGGAACGGCGUCAUUCACCAGAACAUUUUCUUGGAAAGACGUUUUAGAAACGCGAAAUCGUUCUGAUCCGGGCUCGACCUCCAUCACGCUCCGUAAUGUUAAUCUACUAAAAAACCCGCCAGCAUGGCCGCAUAUUAAAUAUUCAUUUCAUUUAUUACGAAUAAGAAACAAACAAUAGCCUAUUGAGCACGUCUGCUAAUUACCUAUUCUUCGGAAAUAAUUCCACUAAAUUCUCACACUAGUUUGAGAAGUCAUGUCAAAAACUCGUGCUUCGUGUUUCAUCAGGGGUUUCAGACACCUCGAAACAAUAAUUUUCAUCUGUUUCACGGUGUCUGGAACCCCUGAUGAAACACUCGCACUCGUUUUUGACAUAUUACACGAACAGCUUUACAUUGAAUCACCCAAUUUCGGACCACGAGUUGUAAAUACAAGACCAUGACGUCACUACCCAAAUAUGGGGUCUUACUUACACCCAAAUAUGGUCAAAAAUGCAAAUUUUAGAGGGUUACGCAGAAUUUGAGAGUUUUUGCCUACAUUGCGCAGCGUUAUAAUUCUGCCGCCGAGUCAACCUCGCUUCUUAGCUCGGUUGCCUCCUUGGCAACAAAUCCUAUGAUCAUCGUGGCCAGCUUGUCUUCCCAUAUACAUACGUAUCUCGAGCAGAGGACGUAGUCACCGUGCACGAAAACUAGUAAAAAAAAAAAAUAGUUUCAGUUAACUGAAAGAAUUUUUUUAUGCUAAUACUAGAAGGCCACCUGCGCUUAUUGAGAAAUAGCCUUUCAUUUCCUAAUUCACGUCAUCUGGAGGAAGUUUCAGUUUCCAGGCUGCGACCCUUAAAACGCAGCCUUGGGACAGCGCUAGCCCGAAAGGUUGCUGUACCAGUGAGGUGAAAGGAAACAUUAUUCUGUCGGAUUUUUGCCCAAACGAUCAUGAUGCUUUGUGAAUUUGCCUGGUCUUUUUGUCUCUUUGCUUUCUCCAUAAGCGGCAAUACAGGUAGACACCUCUUUCUUUCCGUUUUUCUAUUCUUUUGUUAAUAGAUUCUCUGUAGAUUAAAUUAACGACGAGCACAUGAACUCAAAGCGCUCUUAAUAUCCUUGUACGAAUUGAAAUUCUUUUUAAUUUUUGUUUUCUCCAUAAGCGGCAGUACAGGUAAAGGCCUCUUUCUUUCCAUUUUUCUAUUUUUUUUUUUAAAAUUUAACAGAUUCUCUGUAGAUUAAAUUAACGACGAACACAUGAACUCAAAGCGCUCUUAAUAUACUUCUACGAAAUUCUUUUUAAUUUUUACUGUUAUCACUUUUAGAAACUCGUUUUUCCGUGAUGUUCCUCACUUAAAGAGAGCAAAUUUAAACUGUAUUUCGAUCCGCCCAAAAUAUAUAACUGUUUCAGAUUAGACGCCAGGAUAUUUUUUAAAUCCAGUAUAUAAAUUUCAUGGGGAAGAAAUACAACCGAAAAUGGCAGAUGAUUUUUUUCCCUGCAUUCCUCAGUAAUUCAAACUUGUAAUCAUGGUCGACUCUCGUUUCUCUAGACAAAUUUCUCCUGCAGCCUUACUAGAAAAUUACAAGAGCGCUGGUGAAAAUAUCAAAAAUGUAAGAGCCAUUAGUUGAGCAAAGACAAGUCAGGAAUCUUUUCUGCAUGAGCCACGACUGCACGCUAGGUUCGAUGUAGACUUUAUCAAAGCCCGUUUCCGGUUCUGCUGUCGGUCGCAUUCGCUCGCUUCGCGAGCUUCCCUCGGCGCUCACGCAGUCGACUUGAGGCAAGUCUAGGUAGGAUAAAAAAAGACCUUUUAAGAUGGUCCAUGACAUGAUUAUAGCCCACUUUCGAUGUAUCAAAAUUCUAACAUGACUCCGAGGCUUUUGGAGUUGUGAAAAAUUGCAAUUUUGUCCCAACGAGGCCUCUGGAAGAAUUUUCACAUGGCAUAUCGUGUUUAGCCCAACUUUAUUGUAAAGGACUGUCUCGCAAUUCUGAGAAGAGACUUGACUCAAAAACAAACCCAAGCCAAACAUUGAAAAAUGACCAGAAUGCCUCUAUCAGAGUCACGUAAGAAUUUUAAUAUAUCGAACGUAAGCUAUUGACAACCUGCUAACCAGAUGCUUUUGAAUGUCGUGGAUCUCAAUGACAUCGAUCACAAUUUGUUCAAAUAUCCGGCAUCAACGAGAAACAAAAUUCACCCUUAAAAUUUAUUUAUUGAUCCAAUACAGUUGAUUCAUCAACCAUUUGUUAGGCCCCGUCUACACGAAGGAAAGCUGAAGAUUUUUGCUCCGUUUUCAAAAACACCCUGAAACAUAGAAUCCGGAAACGGAAACGGAAUGCGGAUCGAAUAUAUUAGCAAUGACAAUAAAAUAAAUAAACGGUAGUUACUAAAACAAGGAACCACCUGAAACCACCUAAAGCCAGCAAUAAUUUUUUUUUUUAAUUUUUAAUUUUUAAUGAUGUACCAGUGAGCAGCACACUUACACUUCCAGUGAACAAUUUCACUUGGAAGAAGGAGAAAGCUGCUCACUAGUACAUCAUUAAAAAUUAAAAACUGAAACUAGCAGAAGCCACUCUAGAAACUGAGCAGUAGUACAAUCUGCUGGUAUAGUAGAAUUCCGACUUCACUAACGCUAGAGCCCUGUGGUUCAGUGGUUAGAACGUCCGAUCUAGUAUGCGGAAGGUCGCGAGUUCGCUUCUCGCCAGGGGCACCAAAAUUUUCGUUGCCCCGGGCGAGCAUGGUUUCUCCUUCUUCCAAGUGAAAUUGUUCACUGGAAGUGUCAGUGUGCUGCUCACUGGUACAUCAUUAAAAAUUAAAAAUUAAAAAAAAAUUAUUGCUGGUUUUAGGUGGUUUCAGGUGGUUUCAGGUGGUUCCUUGUUUUAGUAACUACCAUAAAUAAACAGAUAAAUAAAGACAUAAAUGAAUAAAUUACCUGAGUAGAGGAGACUGCUGUAUGACUAGAGGAGUCGAUUCCGGUGAAAAGACUCUUGAUACCACUUCCGACAAUGAAUGCAAACGCUCAUGGGCAGCAAAGCGAGGAGAAAAACUAUAGCUGAUGAGAAGAAGUAACUGGGAAUAAUUAGUCCCUUUAAAAGGAGGUAAGUGAUAUGGAGACAGACUUCGUUUUAAUCGACAGAGGCGUCGUUUAUACACCAGAAAGGCGUCGUCGUCAAGUUUUUCCUGGGUGUUUCUUCUGGGCUGUCUUCAACAGUGUUCACUUCUAUUUAUCAAGACAACUUACCCAAGAGAACCAUGGCAUUGUGGAGUCCAAAGAGAAGAGAAAAUUGUUCAUGCAUUUGCUUGAUUCCGCAACUGAUUACAUCAUAGGCUGUUCCAGGCGUUCGGAUUGUGCGCUGUCGCCCCGAUCUGAAAUGCCUGGAACAGGCUAACUACAUCAACAUAAUACGCCAUGUUUAAUAAGCCUCUUUAACGCAAACUCAGUUACACCAGUAUUCCAUCAGCAUUCAGCUUAGCGAAAAAGUUGAACUUAUUUGCUAAGACACCGGAACUGUGAUCACGUCAUGGGUCGGCCAUGUGUUGAGUAUUUAGUUUGGGGACAAUCAUGUAGUGUGGACCGACGCCAACUACUACUAUUAAUGACAUUUAGCUGAAAAGGUAAUGUUUAACUGUAUUAUUCAACCAAUAAACUCGUGAAUAAAAAUAACUUGUAAAAUUACUUUUAUCGGCUUUGCAGUGCAAUAAAUCACACUUUGGCAAACCUUAUCAAGAACCAAUAAACAAAAAUAUAAGGGAACUUCAAAGAAAACUAAAACAAAUGCUCUUUGGAUUGUACUAAAUUACGCAAUGUGAAAUUCUUUAAUUUUCUAUCAUUGAUGUUUGAUUCCGUUUUCCGCUUCCGUUUCUGUCUCCGUUUCCGUUUCCAUGAUUUCGUAUCCGGAUUCCAGAUUCCCUAUUUUAGUGCUACGAUGCUUUUCUUGAAUAAUGUUUUUGGCUGUCCACACGAAAACGCAAUAGUGACUGAAAACGCAACCUCGUCCCCAGUAGGGGUCCCUUUUAUCAUGCGCCGCCCUGUCGCUGACCAAAAGGAUCGCGGCCUCUGAGAAUGAGAUUGCACAACAGGGACUCCUGAGGACGAGGUUGGUACCAUCUUUGAUACUGGGAACAUGCGCAUUCACUGGUAAAUGCAUAUUCGGACUCAUUCUCGCCCCCAGAGCCACUCGGCUCUAUUUUCACCAUUUUAUAAAGUACUUAGUUCCUCAGAGAAAAUUAGAAAAAAAAAAAAGAAAAGAAAAGAAAAGAUAUUUAUUUUGAAAUAUAAGCCCGCUCUAAAUCAUUUGAAAUUACGCUAAUUGCUCGCGCAUAUAUUGUCACGUAAUUAUCUAUCUCCCCCUUUAACUAAGCGCCCCCUUUGAGAAACUUAAAGGAGUGCCAGGCGCAAAUUUGAGGAUUACUGUAUUUCAGGGCUAUGCUACAACUGCAUACCUUGAGUUUAUAAUCGCAACAAUCACGAGCACCAAACGACUGUUUUCUAUAAAAUAUCUGUUCGGAGAUGCAAACAUUGCCUAGAAUUAUCUAUUACUUCAGGACCGCUAAUUUUUCAUGUAACUACCCAGGCUAAGCUAUCUUUCGUACAAAAAAGGAAACCUAAAAUUUUCGGAUUUAAAAAUGUGAUGGAGAGAGGAAUAAGAUAAAUUCUCACUUUCGUAAUACUUUAAAUUACAUACAAAUUUUUCAGAGAAAUGAUCCUCCAGCCCUCAUUGUAAUUUUGAAAAGACUCAGGUUACCCUAGGAUGACCGAACAGACACAAAUUGUAUAGUGUCGCUUAGAAUGCACUUCUAGAGAUCUACAUGUACUUCGGAUAGCCGCCUAAAAAGUGUAUUUAGGAGGAAAUCGUCGUUGGGUGCCCCUGUAAAAUCAUUUCUUAAUUAUAUUAAUUCUGUUACAUUUUAUGAAACCAAGGUAUAGCAGAAGGCAGCCGUACAGACGUUUAUGUUUCCAUUCAUGGUCAAGAUAUCGACAACUGUGGCCCUCAGAGUGAACCAUGCCGGUCCAUACCAAAAGCGGUUCAACAGGUUGUAAAAAAUGGACACAUUCAUCUUAAUGGUUCUGGAACGAAGGACCAGCCCUUUGACUGCAAGAGUAGGGGAAUUUCUAUUAACAAAGGCGUGUCUAUAGAACGCCUCGAUUCUACCCCGCAUGUUAAGUGUGAAAAAGGAUUUCACUUUCAUAAAGAUAAAGUACAAAAAAUAAAAAUUACUUUGACUGGGAUUGCAUUUGAGCACGCACCGCUUGUAUUUGAUGACUGCUACAGAAUUCAGCUUAUAAACUGCUCUUACAAGAACGCGGGCAAAAGAGCCGCCGUCAGCGUUUGGACGAAAAAUAUUCCCACACUCCAGUUACACAUACAGGGACCAUCUCUGUUUCUGAACAACCAACAAUGCAUUGAAGUCUGGAUAAGAAACAAAAGGAGAUUUUCCCUCACGCUUGGCGUGAACAACACCAUAUUUCAAGAGAAUGGCCUUCAAUCUAAUCAGUCAACUAGAGCUGUGAUUUCCAUACGAACCAACAGUAAAUCCAAUUCAUCAGUGCAAACUAAGAUCAAUAUUUCAGUAAACAAAGUCACAAGCGUCGAAAACAAGGCUCCUUUCAUGCUGCUAGAUGUACCGACAGCUAACACAAAGGAAGUAUACAGCCAUGUAAUUCUAUUAAACAAUAACUUGAGGUCAUCUAACACAACAAACAGUGCCAGGCGCUAUAUGGAUAGCAUGUACAUAUCCCAAGUAAGAAAAACUGAUACAAGAUUUCGCCACUUUCUCUGCGGUAACAACAGUAAUGACUUGGCAUUAAGGUGCAUUAAGAUUUCUUCCAGCAAGGCUAAAGUGAAAAUCGAAAAUUCUUCAUUUGUCGGGCAAACUGUGAAAAAAGGAAAGGGCGGAGCCUUGAGUCUUGAAUGCAAACUCAGCGCUUCCUUGGUUAUUACAAACACUACUUUUGAGCGAAACAAGGCAUAUACCGGUGGCGGUGCGAUUUCUUUCAACAGUGUAAACGGAUAUCUGCUAACGCUUCAACUCACUAAUGUAAAUUUUUCUGAAUGCGAAUCCGGAACUCACGGCUCUGCGGUUCUCGUUGGGAAAACUCACAGUCCUAAAGCUAAACCGAAAACCUAUGCUCUAUACGGGCAUUUUAGAAACGUCCGUGUCAAAAACUGCGCCGGUCCACACAGCAGUGUUUGUGUUAUGAUGAAGUAUGGGUUCGUGGAAUUUGAACGUUUUCACUGGAUAAACACUGUUUCAAAGGUCUCUGGAGGUAUAUUCGUAGCAAGUACUAGUACUUGGAAGACAGAUGUUUCAAUUUUGAAGUCUAAUUUCAGCAACAGUCAUUACAAUGGAAGUGUGUUCGUGAGAAUCGAAGCGCUGAAAAAACACACAGGAAAGGUUUUGGUAGCCAACACUUCUAUAUACAAUAAUCAAAAUAUAGCGCUGAUAAUCAACCCAAAAUAUAAAAUCUUGCUCAAGAACGUGACCAUCGCCUAUUGCAGACACGGAUUACAAACAUCCAAAAAAUGGUUGUUUCCCUGCGACGUGCCUUUGAAGCCUGUCAAAAUCCUAAUUGAAAACUGCACUUUUAAACGCAAUGUCUACGAUGUGUCUAUAACUGUAAGAGACGCUCGGUCUGUAUCGUUCACAGUGAACAACACGAAUUUCAUCGGCCAGUCAAACGGUCACGCGAUUCGAUUUUAUAUGCCCGCAGUGGGGAAGAUAACCAAAACAUCGAGAGCCACAGUAAAAAUAGACAAAGUGAUAUUUGAUUCUCGUCCUGCCAGCUAUUUCGCCCUUUACUUCCGUGGCAAGAAAUAUGUAACCAUACGGCGGUCGAUUUUUCGCCACUGCACGUCUGUUAGCCGAGAGCUGUGGAACUAUGGUGAUAGUAAAUUUGCUUAUGAGACGGCGACAGGUGCUAUCUCGAUUCUCUCCAACCCCGACAAACGCUACGAACCAGGGUGUGUCGAACGAAACAUAAACAACAACACUCACCCUUUAAGGAAGUACGACAGUCACGUGACUGUUGAAGAUACGUUAUUUCAAGAGAACGCUGGGCUCAAUGGAGGUGCAGUGUAUCUUAGUAACGGAAACACUACCUUUCGGAAUUGCUCCUUUGAAAACAAUUUGGCAGCAAUGCACACAGGUCAAGUUUAUUCGGCCUAUGGAACUGGUCGAGUAGAAUUCGUCAACUGCUCUUUUGUUAGUAGCACGUACCAUGCAACUAUCUCUGGCAGGAAAUUCAAAAAUGUCGCCUUCUUUUAUUCUGAAAGCGGAGGACCCAUCAAGUUUCGGAACUCGUCUAUGUUUUCAAACACCUCUACAAGGCGUUCGUUUUCUGUGUUAGCAGUCUACAACGGAGGAUACGUUGAUAUCGACCGCGAAACAAGCAUUCGCUGCGAAGGAAGUCAGAUGUCUCUUGCAAAUGCAACACAUUUUGUGUACACCGAAAAAAGACAACGCCUUUGCAUAGAGAACGUGACCGUCCUUUGGUUUUCCUGUAAGCUGUGCUCUCCCGGAUAUUACAGCUUACAAACUGGCUUCUCAAAAGGUCUUGCUGUAGAUGAUUCAUUCCAAUGUCAACCGUGUCCGUUGGGAGCUACAUGCAUAAGAAACGAAUCAAGCAUUGCGGCAAUAGAAAACUUCUGGGGAUACAAUGUGCCGGAAAGAGAGGGGCAAGUACUCAACUUUGUUCCCUGCCCCAAGGGUUAUUGCCGCUCACCGAGCCCGCAAUCGUUAGUGUACAACAGUUGCCAUGGAAACAGGACUGGUUUUCUGUGUGGCCAGUGCGCACCUGGUUACACUGAAACACUAUUUAAUUCUGAGUGCAGAAUAACAGCUCAAUGUAAAGAUUACCUCUUCUGGAUAGCGAUGUUUCUUUUCUCGGCUGCCUUGGCGCUAUAUCUGUUAACUGAUCCUCCUUUGCUUCGACUUCUAUGUCCACAACAGAUUUUAUGGUUCAUGAAAAAGAAGGAGAGAAGACAAAACCAAGAAAACAGUGAAAACUGCGACGAGUCAGACAGUGGUUAUACAAAAAUCGCCUUCUAUUACUACCAAGUCGCCGAUUUGCUGCUAGGCAGUUCUCUUGAUGACUUGCUUUCUGAAAUGCCCCUCGUUGUUGCUAUGAUUUCAGCGUUCAAUUUUCAAGUCCGCGCUGUUUACCUAAGAAUCGAGUGUCCAUUUCCGGGAUUGACCCCAGUCACCAAAGAACUGCUUCUUUCUUUGGUGGUGUUCGCAACAAUGGCGAACCUCGCCCUCAUUUUCUGCGCCCACUUGGUUAUCAGCAGAUUCCAUAAGAAGGUGAGAAAGCCAUCGUUGAGCCGUUACAUGGCGGUCUGCUUGGAGAUAUUGUUGCUAGGAUACGAUAGACUGGCUGAAACUUCGCUGGGGCUGAUGCACUGUGUAAGAACUGGGAAUGAGCAUCGACUGUUCAUUGAUGGUACCACGAUCUGUUGGCAGGCAUGGCAAUACAUCCUUCUUGGGUACAUUGUCGUGUUUGUGGUGCCCUUUAUCGCAGUCCUGUACUACGGUUCUUCAAAGCUGCACGGUUCUUCCAUUUCUUCAGGUGAAUUUCUCGCAGCCUGUGCUAUUCCUUUGCCAUUUCUAAUCUAUUGGCUUUUCAAGCGCGUUUUCAAGAGAAGAAAGGAAGAAAAUGAAAGCGAAGAAGCUGGAGCAAGGCUGAACAAUAGAGCUGAAGUAAUGAAGGUCCUACACAAGCCAUUUCGCGCACCUAAUGAUCGAGAUAAAGGCACUCUUUACUGGGAGAGCGUUAUGAUUGGUCGACGGCUCAUCCUUCUAACAUUUCACUCGUUCAUCCCCAACGCUAUGAUCCGACUUUUCUUCAUGGCUAGCGCGUGCGACCUCAUGGCCAUCCACCACAUAAUCAAGGCCCCAUUCCGGAGUAGCACCGCUAACAAAGCCGAAACGACGUCCUUAGUCACCUUGGCAAUCGUCGCCAAAAUCAACCUUAUAAAGGCCACUCUCCUGUCUUCCGGGAUAAGUGCCAAGGGAAGAAACAAGCUUUUCCUGAAGGGACUUCAGUGGUUCGAAUUUGCUGCAAUGGGACUUGUUCCCGCAUUGUUGUCCUUGUUAGCUGCUUCAGCCAUUUUGUCGCAAACAUUCCGUUUGAUUAUUUAUAUUGUCAAGAAGAUUGGCCGACGCUUUCGAAAGGAUGACAUUACUCAUACAUCUAUCGAUGAACUAACAGAUCCUCUUUUGAGUAAUAACCAAUAUUAUGGUAGUUGUUAACGGUUACUUUGAGGAGGGGAGGGGGCGGGGGUAUGCUAUCGCCCUUGUCGGUCAUUUCGCCAAGAAAGUUAGGAAUAAAGUCCCUGUCGCAUUUUAGCUAGUAACAAAACGUUGCUUUUGGUUCAGCAUAAAUUUUUGAUACUCAGUUUUGGAAUUUUUACGGCAGAUGUAGAGCUUGGUAAGAAUUAAUUGUUAUUAAACUUUCUCCCUGGAAUGAUCGUUCUUGAACAAUACCAUAAUUGGAUAACGUUACAAAGAAAAUAACAAAAAAUGUUUGGAAAUAACGGAAGAGAAUUUGCUCUUUCGCUGCCGAAACAGCCGAAAUGCAAGGUGAACAGAUGCCGCUUUCACUUCUUAAAAAUGUAUUGUCGCUGUCAUAAUUCUUUCCUUCUUUUCUGUCGAUUGUUGGUUUUUUCUGAGAGGACUGUCGUCAGAGAGUUUUCGGCGCAAUGUUGCCUGUCGCUUCUACCCCUUGGAAGGCCUCAACAUUCCUACCUGUUACCAUGCCAACAAUUUCCAAAGAGAAAAUACAGUAGAAAUUAAUCGGUCAGGGGAUGAGGGUAAGGGAAGAUGUGAGCGUCCCCCUCCCUUGCCUAGCGUUUUAUUUACGCUGAAAAGUUUGCUUAUUUUGCCCCUUAUGAUAAAAAUAACAAUUACCACCGGCCUUAGGCUCGAUUACCAGCCGCUGUUCGGGAAAAUGAGCCCGCACUCAUCCCCCCGAAGGGGAGGAUCAAGACCGGACCCGGGAGACGGCGGAAAUCGAGCCUACACCGGCCUACCAUGAAAUUUUCUUGACUUUCAUGCCGUCUUACAGAUAUUUUCUUCAAUAUCCCAAGCCAACUCCAAGAAUAUUUUAGAUGAAUGUCUAAAUGUGUUGGUUAAUUAGAAUGAAGAGAAUUUGGAGAUAUACGCUACAUGGUGAAGACAUAAAGUAGGGGGCAAACUUGUAGUCUUUUGCCUUACUGAUCUUGGGAAUAACUCUUUGCUACCCUGAAGCAUAUGUUUGUGAUUUAUGAUGCCAAUUUCAAAAUAUAAACCUAAUUAGUGCACAACCUAUAACCUACCUAGCUGCCAAACAAUUUCCUGUCAGUGAAGUGAACAAUAUUGAAUAGCCUACGCGAUACUUGAGCCGCACAUCUGUCGGGAGAGGGUGCGGCUACACGUUGGCUAAAUUUAAAAAACUGAUUCUAGCUGGAAUUUACAUGUAUCUGCAUAUAAAAAAGGAAGCAUUCUGUAUAAACUAUGACAAGGUGUUAUUAUUGGUUUUAUGUUCUGUAGUUUUUGCUAACUAUAUAUAUCUAUGGGUUUUCCACCCAAUAAUUGGAUUAUAUAGCUUAAAUAGUACACUAUUAAGAGCAGAUUAGGAAUUUGUAUCUCGUUCUAAGUAUUUUGGCAUUAAACUAUUAACAGUUCCACCAUCCUGUUUUAGUUCUGCUUGGCAUUGCAAGUGAUUCUUGUCUUGUAUAGAGACAAUAUCUUGAUGGCGGUUUUUAAGAUUUUAAGCUGUCCCAAUGAAAUAUUGUAGACAAUGACUUCUAAGCAAACGUCUGUUACCAUGUGAUAUCCAGGUGACUAUCCUUCAGCGUAACUAAGGUAAACAAGCACAUUGUGAAUAUAUGCUGGCAAAUAAGCAUAUGUUUAGUACAGACAUCCCAAGAAUUGUCACCAAUGUUGCAUCCGUAACAAGCAUGUUAAGGAGCAGAAAAUACUUUGCUAAAACUUCAGCAACAUUUCUGUUUGAGAAGGUUUACUAUCCAUAAGAUGCAGACUACAUUAAAAUUUGACAUUAGAAACUACGUCGACCAUAAUUUUGACUUUAAUGAUGAUGACGACGAAGAAUUAACAGGCAUGUUGCACGAGCUUAUAAGUACUUAGAUCCUUGGCAAUGGUACGGGGAUGUUACCGAGUAUACCCCAAGGCGAUCUGUUUGAAGAGUUCCCUAGAAGGUAGAAAUCUGGUUUUCUUCACCCGGUCACUCAGGACGUUUGUAUAAACGUGGAAGACCACAAGUCUUUUUGUGAGGCGCUGUAUCAGCUGCAGAAAAUUGAUGAGCGAGAAAUUGUUUAC